AUGGCACAAGGAAAAGCUUAUACUCAAAGUGAAGAAGAAGAAGAAAAAAAGAAGAAAGAGAAUAAGAAAAAGAUCAAGAAAAACAACAGGAAACAGAUUAUAUCAUCUGAAAAUGUUUUAUCAGCACCUAUUCAAGAGACCAUUUGCAAUUACGAUGGAACCUUUUGUACUAAAAAGUUAAAUGAUACGGAAGAAAUUUUAGCAAGAAAUGCUCUUUACCAAAAUGAUAAAGCAGAAGGCGAUAUGAUAUAUAAUGGCAAAUCUGCUAUAUUAAAUAGGGCAGCUCUAUGGCCAAAUGGUGUAAUUCCAUUUAUGAUAGAUCCAUCAUUACGUAGUGUGGAAUACAUUGUAAGGCAAGCCAUAGAGCAAUAUCAUUAUUACACAUGCAUCAGAUUUAUUCCAAGAACCAACCAGCAAAACUAUUUGCGAAUAUUCAAUGGUGGUGGCUGUUACGCUCACGUAGGAGUUACAUCUGGCGAGCAGCCCGUAUCUUUGGGGCGCGGCUGCCACAAUGUGGGAACGGCCGUUCACGAAUUGGGCCAUUCCAUAGGUUUUUAUCAUGAACAAAAUCGGUCUGAUCGAGACGAGUUUUUGCAAAUCCACUGGGAAAACAUUGCUUUAACAAUGAGAAGACAAUUUGAAAAGUUGCCAGCUAGUCAAACCGUCCUGAUGAAUAAAUUUGAUUAUAAAUCAAUCAUGAUUUAUGGAGAACGCGCAUUUGCAAAGGAUGGCGUCUCUAAGACAAUGACAGCACUGAAGACAAAUGAAAGACUCACAGAUCCAUAUAACAAGCCGGGAUUGAGCCAAUCUGAUAUCUUCAGAAUAAAUACACUUUAUAACUGUAGAUGA